CGAAAAUGAAAAUAGUUAAGAGUUGUGAUAAAAAGCGCGAUAAAUUAUGAGUUUGCCAAAGAUUUUUUAACAUCGAGAGAAAUUUCGAGGAUCGUCAAUAUAUUCAUAAUAACUAUUGAAAGACUUAAUGUACUGGCUUUUACGAAAGGUGUAUUGACAAGGGCGUGUAUAUGUUGAUUCAAAAUAAUCUCAUGUAUAACGCUUUUGAUCGGAAUCAAUUCAAAACAGCAAAACUUCCAAGCGAGACGAACAUAUUUAAAUAUGGAUUACAUUAUUAUGUUAACUAUUGUCAUGCUGAUAAUGAAUCAGUAUGUUACAUCACAAAAGUCAGGUUCCGAUUACCCCACGUUUUUCAACAUUGGAGGCGUCUUAAGUAACAACGAUAGCGAAACUCAUUUCUCAAUGGUCAUAGCGCAUCUGAAUUUUGAUCAACAAUAUGUUCCGAGAGGGGUAACAUACUACGAUAAAACGAUUCGCAUCGAUAAGAAUCCUAUUAAAACAGCUUUAGAUGUCUGCAAACAUCUAAUCUCGCGCAGGGUAUACGCCGUUGUAGUGUCACAUGAACCAACUGGAGAUUUAUCGCCCGCAGCAGUGAGUUACACUAAUGGAUUCUACCAAAUUCCUAUUAUUGGAAUAUCAUCAAGAGAUGCUGCUUUCUCCGAUAAGAAUAUACAUGUAUCGUUCUUGAGAACUGUACCGCCUUACUAUCAUCAGGCUGAUGUAUGGCUUGAAAUGCUCAAUCAUUUUGGAUAUACAAAGGUUAUUGUUAUCCAUAGUUCGGAUACCGACGGAAGAGCAGUUCUGGGUCGCUUUCAAACCACAUCGCAAACAAACUACGAUGAUAUUGAUGUACGGGCAACUGUUGAGAGCAUAAUUGAAUUCGAACCAAAGCUGGAAAGUUUUACAGAAAAUCUUAUCGAAAUGAAAACGGCACAGUCAAGAGUUUACUUACUCUACGCAAAUGCCGAGGAUUCGUAUGUCAUUUUCCGAGACGCUGCUCAAAAUAAUAUGACAGAAACAGGUCAUAUUUGGAUUGUAACCGAACAGGCUUUGAUGGCUAACAAUACACCAAUAGGAGUUUUAGGAUUGAAAUUGAAUUACGCAAAUAGUGAGAAUGAACAUAUAAGGGAUGCUAUAUACGUUCUGGCAUCUGCAAUCAAAGAAAUGAUGACUCACAAUGAAACAAUCACCGAGGCUCCAAAAGAUUGUGACGACACAGGUGCUUUUUGGGAAUCAGGAAGGAAAAUGUUCAAUUAUUUGAAAACUCGUAACAUUCGUGGAUCUACAGGACAGGUUGCGUUCGACAACAACGGAGAUAGAAUAUACGCGGAAUACGAUGUCAUAAAUGUUCAACAGUCUUCUUCAGUACUGUUUAAAAAGAAUGUAAAAGUUGGAAGUUUUUUCUAUGAUGCCGACAAAGGUCGAAUGAAGUUGAAAAUAAACGAUUCGGCAUUGAUUUGGCCUGGAAAUACAGAAAAGAAACCAGAGGGAAUCAUGAUACCAACCCACUUAAAGGUUUUAACUAUCGAAGAGAAACCUUUUGUUUAUGUGCGGAGAUUAUUAGACGAUGAAAUUGAUUGCGAGGAAGAUGAAAUAGCAUGUCCUCAUUUCAACAUUACCGAUGGAAAUGAGAAAGAUUUCUGUUGCAAAGGAUACUGUGUUGAUUUAUUGAAAGCAUUAGCACAGCGCAUUAAUUUUACCUAUGACUUAGCACUUUCUCCUGACGGUCAGUUUGGACACUAUCAACUCAAAAACCACACCACUGAUAUUGGAACAGGAGUUAAGAAAGAAUGGAAUGGCUUGAUAGGUGAACUGGUAUCAGAGAGGGCUGAUUUGAUAGUAGCGCCCCUCACUAUUAACCCUGAAAGAGCAGAAUUCAUUGAAUUUUCAAAGCCGUUCAAGUAUCAAGGUAUAACUAUUUUAGAGAAGAAACCCUCCCGUUCAAGCACAUUAGUAUCUUUUCUGCAACCAUUUAGUAACACAUUGUGGAUUUUAGUGAUGGUUUCGGUUCAUGUUGUUGCACUCGUUCUUUAUCUUCUGGAUAGAUUUUCUCCCUUCGGACGUUUCAAACUAACAACGAAUGAUGGAACCGAAGAAGAUGCACUCAACCUGAGCUCAGCUAUUUGGUUCGCCUGGGGAGUACUUCUGAACAGCGGGAUUGGAGAAGGAACGCCUCGGAGUUUUUCCGCUAGAGUGUUAGGCAUGGUAUGGGCUGGAUUCGCUAUGAUUAUUGUAGCAUCUUAUACUGCUAACCUGGCGGCUUUCCUGGUGUUAGAACGACCUAAAACCAAAUUAUCCGGAAUCAACGAUGCGCGUCUCAGAAAUACCAUGGAAAACUUGACGUGUGCUACCGUGAAGGGCUCAGCUGUAGAUAUGUACUUCCGCAGACAGGUGGAACUAUCCAACAUGUAUCGGACCAUGGAAGCCAAUAAUUAUGACACUGCUGAACAGGCUAUCCAAGAUGUUAAGGAUGGAAAAUUGAUGGCCUUCAUAUGGGACUCAUCUCGUCUAGAAUAUGAGGCGGCGAAAGAUUGUGAGCUUGUAACAGCGGGAGAGUUGUUCGGCAGAAGUGGUUAUGGUAUAGGCUUACAAAAAGGUUCGCCUUGGACAGAUGCAGUAACUCUGGCAAUAUUGGAUUUCCAUGAAAGUGGAUUCAUGGAAGCACUAGAUAAGGAAUGGAUUUUUCAUGGUAAUAUUCAACAAUGUGAGCAGUUUGAGAAAACACCUAACACGUUAGGGUUGAAAAACAUGGCAGGAGUGUUUAUCCUUGUUGGUGUCGGCAUUGGGGGAGGCAUAGGCCUAAUUAUCAUUGAAGUUAUAUACAAAAAACAUCAAAUUAAAAAACAGAAAAAAAUGGAAAUCGCUAGACACGCUGCAGAUAAAUGGAGAGGAACAAUAGAGAAACGCAAAACAUUGCGGGCUUCCCUAGCGAUGCAACGACAGUAUAAUGUGGGCUUGAAUUCGGUAUCCAAAUCGAUAAGUCAAACAGUUGAUAAAGGUCGAUAUCCGAAGCUCAAUCCUCUUCCACGCGCACCAGAAAGGGCAUGGCCUGGAGAUCAUGAAAUUACACGGAACCGAAAAAAUAAUGAUCACAUAUACAAGCCACCGCCAAGAUAUAUGCCAACAUAUGCAACGGAUGUAUCGCAUUUAGUUGUAUGAAUGAAAUUGAGCAAAAGUAUUAAUACAUCAUAACAUAACAAUUAUAUGAGGAAAUAUCUAGUCAACAUUGUUAAACGGUCAUUCGAAAUAUAGCACAAAUUCCAAAAUGUUUGACGAGUGUAUAA